CAAAGAUAACAGGAAAGUGCAAGAAAAUGAAAAUCCAAGAACCAACUAUAAAGGAAAAGGAAAAGCAAAAGAAGAUAUUGACGAAGAAAACCCAUCAGACCUGGAAUUGAUCAACUCUAACAAUGACGAAAACCUUUUAGACCAAGAAAAAUGGAGAGUGGAA